AAAAAUAAAUAAACAAACAACAAACAUGAAAAUCAACAUUUCUGGCAUUAUUGGUGGUUGAUAGCUAAAAAACAAAAAAUUAUGUCUGGUGGUUGUUCAUAUUUCUUAUGGCCUUGUCGUUUGAUGAAGCCCCUCCUCAUUACUUAUUAUUUUUCAACGAAGAGGGGCCUGCAAUGAGAAACUAAUUAUUAUUUGAUCUAUGUGGAAGUUAGCAAACUAAAUAUUGCAAAAUGAGUAUUAUGGAGUGCCACGAAAAAGGAAUCCUUCGGGAAUUAUCAUAUGAAGAAACAGUUCAUAACUCUUUAAAUUUGGAUACUUUUUUCUGCAAACAUAUUAUUGAGAAGAGUUAUAUUGCAAUUUAUAUGAUGCAUAAUAUACAUAUACCUGCUCUUAUACUCAGUAUGAAAAGAUGCAAGCAUGUGUUCAUACCUGUGAAUACAAAUUAUUUAGACCAAGAAAUACAGGAGCUAAUGGAAGAAGCAAACAUUCAAUACUUGGUGUCCCUAAACGAUAACAAUAAGUCAUUUAGAAAUUUUGAAAUACUUGGUCAUGUAAUUCUAGGAAAUGAUAAAAUAAUAUUGAGGAAAAGAGAAAUGAAGGUGGAAAAUCACAUAUCAGACGAGUCAUUAUUAUGUAUUCUACCUACUUCUGGUACAACUGGGAAACAAAAGUUAAUUAGAAUUGAAUCUUAUUGUAUUGAGACAAAUGUGAAGUCUUUGAGCAAAAUAUUCAAUUUGGUUGAAACUGAUGUGAUCUUUUUCGGAACUCCUCUAACAUUUGACCCAUCAUUAGUAGAACUGUUUCUUGCUCUUGAAUCUGGAGCUAAACUUCUUAUUGUUCCAGAAAAAAUCAGAUUGAAUCCAGAAAGGCUUUUUCGAACAUUAUUUUCUGGGCAAAAGGAAAUUUCAAAAGUCACAUUUUUUCAGACAAUACCGUCCUUAUUUACAAGAUGGACAGAUAAACAAAUUCAGUUUAUAUUGAAGGAAUCUUCUUUGAAAUUUCUGGUGCUAGGAGGAGAAGCUUUUCCCUCGAAUAUAUUGGAAUUUGAGAGAUCUGUGAGAAUCUUUAAUAUUUAUGGAAUUACAGAAGUUUCUUGUUGGGCCACAAUUUACGAAAUAACAGAUGAUAGUAACAUAUUUCUAGGAAAUCCUUUGGAUGAAACAAAGUUAAGAAUUUGUGAAAAUGGAAAGGAAGUCAUCGAAGGUGUUGGUGAAUUAUACAUAGGUAGUGAAACAAGACAUUGUUAUGUAAAUGAUGAGAUCGAAAAGGUGGAAUGGAGAUCCACUGGAGACAUCGUACUAAAAAGUCAUGAAGGUCUCAAGUAUUUAGGUCGAAAAGACAACAGGAUAAAACGUUUGGGACAUCGAAUUUUCGUGAAUGAAGUUGAAAAAAAAAUUUCUGAGAAUAUAGAACUCACAGCAAAAUGCAUAUGGAAUUUAAAAGAUCAUAAGUUGCUUUUAUUCAUUCUUAUUCCAUUAUUUGAACCAAGAAAUAGAUCAAAAAUACUGGAUAAAUUAAGGAAUAAGCUACUACAUUUAUUACCAACAGAACAAUUUCCAGAUUUUUUAGAUAUUGUAUCUACAUUUCCAGUUACUGAAAAUGGUAAACUUGACAAAAGGACUUUGAUUGAAAUGUAUGAACAAAACAAAGAUGAACUAAGGAAAAAUAAACCCUCUUGUGUUUUUCUAAUGAUAUUGUGCAAAUAUCUUGGUCAUAGUUUGCACAAUAUUAAAAGAAUAAAAAAUUUCACAUUUGAAGAGUUAGGAGGCAACUCACUAUUAUAUACAAUGGUAACAAAUGAUUUCAAAGUCACUUUGAAAUACGAUCUACCUUCAGAGUUCCUCUCGUUACUGUUCAAUGGGAGUAUUGAAAAGUGUUUGAACUUUUUGGACAGUUUUCAUGACUGGGAUAAAUAUAGAAGUAACGAGCUCAAGAAUGAGGAGCAUGUGCAAUUGAUUAAACGAACCAAGUACUCCGCUAAAGUUGAAGUUGUGUGGAAAUACAAUUUGUUGGGUUGUGUUGAUGCUACUCCAUUACUUUAUGAGAAACGGGGAAGAACAUAUGUCGCCGUGGGAAGUUUCUCCAAUUUUUUUGCCAUAUUGGAUGCCCUCACUGGAGAAAUACAAUUUUGCAGGCAGUUUCCAGACUCCAUAGGAAGUGAAGCUUCAGUGUCGCCAUGUUUGAAUUUUCUAUAUUUCGGAUGCUUCGACGGACAUUUGUACUGUAUCAAUUUGGACGAUUAUAAUGUUUCUUGGAGUUAUCGAACGGAAAAUUCAAUUAAAUGCAAGCCAAGCUUUUGUCUGAACAAUGGAGCUCUUGUUUUUGGAUCCUAUGAUAAGCACAUUCACUGCAUCAGAAUUGAGAGUGGAGAAAAUAUCUGGAAAACAUUCAUUGGAGAGAGUGUAGUUACAGUUCUGAUAGUCCACCAAGAGAAAGAGCAAAUUAUAGUCACAACCUUAGCAGGUUCUUGCAUAUCAAUUUCAGAAAAAACAGGGGCUAUAUCGUGGCAGCUUAAACUGGGAAACCCAAUAUUUAGCACACCCCUCUUAUUAGAUAAUAAUUUGAUCUCCUGUGAUGUUUUAGGAAAUUUAUACUGUACUAAUCUAGAUAUGUGUAACAAUCUUUUCAUGAACAAAGUUGGAGGAGAAAUUUAUUCUUCGAUUAAAUAUAAGAAUAAUCACUUCAUUGUUGCAUCCACCAAAGGAAUAUUGUAUAAAUGUGAACUGAUUGUGGAUGAAUCCGUUUAUACUAUUGACAUUGCCAAGAGCAUAAACAUAGGAAUUUCGGUUUCGUCAACACCUACAAUUUUUGUAAUGAAAGACAAAACUCUUGUUGCUAUGUUUACAUCAACAGGUUAUUUUUAUUUGAUAGAUUAUGAAACUUUUGAAAUUGUCUUUCAUUGGAAAUGUCCCGGUGAUAUUUAUUCAUCGUGUGUUAUUGAUAAUAAUAACAAGAAAUUAUAUGUGGGAUGUAGAGACGAUAAUUUGUACUGCUUAGAUAUAGCUGUUACAUGAUGAGCAUGAUUUCAAUUGUUGCUGUAUGGAAAGAAUUAAAAGCUUUUAUGUUGUGCAUAAAUAAAUUAUAUUUUAUUA